AUGCCAGGCAUCAUACUCUCUCCCAGCGCCAGCAGCGAGGGUGCAGUCGCAGGCAUGAAGCGGGCGCAUGUUGCUGAGAACGCGCCCAUGCACGGAGGAGAGCCGCAGCAGAAGAAGCGGCGAGUGCUACAUCGACUGCACCAUACCCAGCCGCUCAACCAUAUUGCCGACCCCAUCAGCGCCGAGUUGGAUAGUUUUGGCGAAAGCAAGGACUUCUUUGACCAGCAAUUGCGCCGCGCAAUAGCGAUACAAUGCAAAAGCAUCGGCUUCGAAAGCGCGCGCCCAGACGCGCUCGAGCAAUUCCGGGCGCUGGUUGAUUCCUACAUGAGCCACUUUCUAGCACAAGUGCGCACAUCCAUGACCAGCUCGCGCCGCACCGAAACAGUGGCACACGACUGGAUAUACGCCCUUGCAUCUUCCGGCCUCCGUGGAUCUGCACCCCUCGACCAACAUUUCGACACUGGCGAAAUCCCACCCACCCUGCUACAGCCUUACUUUGCUCCUCCGGCGCCCCCAGAGGCCCCGCCCCCAGAUACCGAGUCUUUACUAGGCCCCGAGCUGUCCGGCAAGGCAGACAAGGAAACGCGCGCGUACAUACCAAAGCACUUUCCUGCGUUUCCCUCGAGGCACACGUAUACAGCCACGCCAGUCUUCACCAACCGCGAGCAUGAUCCGCGAAAGAUUCGCGAAAAGGCGACGGAAGAGGGCAUCUCGGCCGAACAGAGUCUCAGGAAACUCAUGGCAGCGCAAAAGGCAGGCGUUCAAAAGCAAAAUAUUGGAAAGCGGAAGCGAAGCAAACGGAUGAAGGAAAGCGACCGGCUAUGGCAAGCAGCCAUGACGGAUUUGUUGGACGAAGAGAAUCAGCGAGAGAAGGAAGAGGCGCGACGACAGGCUCAAAUGGACGAGUAUGAUGACGACAACAACUGGAAUAUGUCGCGCGAUGCUCCAAUACGGCAGCCCACGGCAGAUCGUAAUGUCAACUUGGAAGAAGGUGUACAUGUCAACUACGAGCGCAAGUACUGGAGAAAAUCAGGAAACGGCGUCUAAUUUCAGUCACCACGCCAGCCCUGGCCAUAAUAUCUUUGUUUGAGCAAAAGCACGUUGAAGCAUUUUGGUAGCGAGGCGUUUGGGUAUCGGCAUUUCCGCCUUGAACGUAUGAGGGCAGCUUGGGGGCAUUGGAGUGGCGUUCAUCCUGUUUUUUUUUCUUUUUUUUGCUUUGCUCUGAACCAGUUGUACAAUAGCUGUUCACUCUCAACUGGAGCAGUCGCCCGCGGACCAUUGGUCUGUCAUUUAUCCAUCAUUAAUCCAUUCAAAAC